AUGGCUGCGCUCAACUGGGCCAUGCUCACCCCGCAGGGCAAGCCCGUCCCUUUGCCCCACGAGAAGUGGCUCUUCUCGUCGUCGCCCGGCACCGUCGCCAUCUCGCUCUUCCCGCACCCGCCAGGCAGCCCGCUCAACCUCGAGCCAAAGCCCACCGACACCCACUACAAGCACCAGCACGGCACUCUGUACCUCUCGCAAAAGCGCGUCGUCUACGUCGCCCCGCCCUCGUCCACCUCGACUCCGUCGGCUCGUCGUCACCUCGUCCCGAGUGGGGCCACCUCAACCGCCACCACCUCGCACGCCGACCAGCAGAGCACCAUCGCCUCGGGCAGCGCAUCCAUCCUCCCUCCCCCACGGCCCUCGACCUCGUCCGCCCCAAGCGGCCCCGCCACGCUCGAAUCGCUCUCGGUCCCCCUGCGCGCCUUUGUCGACGGCCGCCUCGUCCAGCCCUGGUUCUCGGCAAACUACUACGAGGCCCUGUGCCUCGAAGGAGACGGCAACGGCGGGCUCGAGGGUCCUCACCUCGUUCGCUUCUACUUCAAAGAGGGCGGCGCACCCGACUUCUACUCGGCCGUCGAGGAGGUCAAGGCGCGCCUCGAGCUGUCGUCGGCGACGAGGGGCACCCCGGUCGAGCAACUGCCCGCGUACGAGCCCCCUCCACCGUCGUCCACCUCGUCCCCCCCAGCCCCCCCCGCCUCGCUCUCCUCCUCCUCCUCCUCGCCCGCACCCGCACCUCCCUCGCCGCACACCGGCGCAGGAGCAGUUCCCUCGCCCGCCGACCUCGCCGCCGCGAGCGUCGCGACGGCCGCCGACGAGUCCGAGCAGCUCGAGCGCGACGAGCGGUGCGCGGCGCAGGGCGGGCCGCCGCCGGGUGUCGGGGUUGACGAGGCGCCGCCCGGGUACGACGAGGCGCAGGUUCGGGCGUGA